AUGCACAGCAAAUGGUUGGGUACCCAGUUUAAGAAGAAAGUUGAAUCCAACCCAAAGAUCAAGGUGAAGGAGCUAGUUGCAAAGGCUCACAAAAAAUGGAACUUGACUGUUACCAAGGCAAUGGCAGCUAAGACAAAACAUGAAGCUUUGAGUCAGAUACAGGGGGCCUUUAGGGAGCAGUACAAGCGAAUAAAUGACUACUGCCAUGAACUCCUAAGAACAAACCCAGGUUCCACAGUGAUUCUCAAGGUUAUUAGAUCACCAGAUUUUGCUCAAGAGAGACAGAAUGCAGAACUGAUGAACUAUUGUGUCUUCCAAAGAAUGUAUGUAUGCUUUGAGGCUUGCAAGAAAGGUUUUCAACACUGCAGAAGGUUCAUUGGGCUGGACGGUUGCUUCUUGAAAACCCCCCAAGGUGGACAACUGUUGACUGCAGUCGGAAGAGAUCCAAAUGACCAGAUUUUCCCCUUAGCGUAUGCGGUUGUGGAGGCGGAGAAUAAGGACUCUUGGGGCUUAUUGCCGGUGUUUGAGGAGGUCAUUCCAGGUGUGGAUAACAGGUUCUGUGUCAGGUAUCUCUACAGCAACUUUAGGAAGAAGUUUCCUGGUUUAGAGCUAAAGAACAAGAUGUGGAGGUGUGCUAAAGCAAGUCAUUGGCAGAUCUGGGAGAAGGAAAUGAAAACUUUGCGACUUCUGAAUGAGGGAGCAUUUAGACAUCUGAAUGGCAUUCCACCAAGGUUCUGGUCAAGAUCCAGGUUUACCUUCCUAUCUAAAUGUGACAAUCUUGUUAAUAAUAUGAGUGAGAGUUUCAAUUCUGUGUUAGUAGAAGCAAGAGAGAAACCAAUUGUGAGCAUGUUAGAGGAUAUUAGGAUUUACAUGAUGACUAGAUGGGCUGCAAAUAGGGAAAGGGUUCUUAAUUAUCCAGGAAACAUUAUGCCAAUGAUUUGUAAGAAAUUAGAGAAACGGGCAAGCUUAGCUAGGGACUGGAGGCCUUACUGGUCAUCUGCUAGCCAAUACGAGGUCAUGAGUGGUCUAGAUAAGUAUGUUGUGGAUUUGGCAGCUGGUGAAUGUUCUUGCAGGAAUUGGCAACUUAGUGGGAUUCCUUGUCCUCAUGCCAUCAGCUGCAUCACCUUCAAGGGCCUUAAUUUGGAGUCAUAUGUGGAUGAAUGCUACAAGAAGGAGGCUUACAUCAGGUGCUACGAGGCGGUGAUACACCCUGUAAACGGCCCGGAGCUAUGGGAGAGGACUCAAUAUGAUGAUGUCAUCCCACCUCCUUACAGGAGGCCAAGCCACAGACCGGUGAAGAAGAGGAAAAGAGGGGCUGCAGAUGAAGACUUUAGAAGCCAGACUCAUAUGUCACGGAGGGGAGAAGUCCAAAGAUGCUCUAACUGUGGUGGAGUUGGACACAAGAAAAGCGGCUGCAGCCUUCCUAAGAAGAGGGCCCAAAGUUCAACCAACAGAGCUAAGAAGAAUGCAGCUAAGCUGGCACCUGGUCAGACAGCUUGGGGAGGGAGAAAGAGGACUACUACACCAUCACCAUCCAAUCUGCCAGCAUCUCAUACCAGGAAAAACCCCACAAGGCCCAAGAAACGUGAAGCCCGGCCCACCACAGAAGCACCUCAGCCCAAGAAGGCUUCCACCAAGCCCAAGAAAGCUUCCAAUCAGCCCAACAUCCUGGCCCAGCCCAAGAACAAGGCUGCAUCUUCUGCAACCUCCACCAGCAACAAACAGCCUCCUAGCCAGCCAUCUGUGAGGAAGAAGCCCUUUUCUGUCAUUCAAUGCAGUGCACCUCAUCUACCCAUGCAAAAGCUGAGGUUGAUGGCCAAGUUACCCCCAUCUCAGUGGGGAAAUCUUUAG